GUGUGUGUGUGUGUGUGUGUGUGUGUGGAAUGUGACCCUAAUGGACCCUGGAUGUGAAGAACUGUGUAUGUUGCUUUUUUUUCCAGAGAGACAGACAGAAUGUCAAAGAAGGAAAGAAAGAGAAAGAAAGAAAGAAAGAAAGAAAAGAAACCCUCUAUUUAUGAGCACAAUCUAUUCAAAUGGCACAAUAACAUUUUUUUUUCCUGCAAAUUUUUACCCACAGAAUAAUUUUGUAAAUCAUUGAAAUGUUUUCUAGAUAUUACUUAGUAAAUUUAAGGAAUUUUCAUAUUUGAAGAAUUGAAAUCAUUAAAUAUUAGAAUAAGAAAAUGUCUAUAUGGAAUUGAGCAAAAAAAAAAAACAAACAGGAUAAAUAGUCUAAGUCAUUUGAUCACUAAUUUGUUAUUUUAAGUGAUCUUGUAAUAAGAAGUAUUCGAUAAAUAUUCAGGGUAAAUUUUUUUUGAGAUAUUAUCUUGCUCAGAAAAGUUUUAUUGAAGUGUUUAAUUUAGUUCCAUCUAAAUUAGUUUUUAAUGUGCAAACUUUUUUUUUUUUGUUAAUCAGACAAUACUACAGAUAAUUAACAGCACCGCUUAUGUUAUUAAGGUUAUUACCAAAUUACUACCAUGCUUUAACCCACUACGCAUUUCUCAAAAAUGAAUCCUGUCCGAUUUUCUGACUCUAACACCAUGGAAAAUAAAUCCUUUUUUGUCAAAAUAUAUAUAUAUAUUUUUUUUUUUACUCUAAGCCCAAAAUGGUAAUUUGUGUGCUUCCACUUUUAACUGCCAGUGUAAGUGUGUUAGCAAAACAGAGCUAUCAGUGUUUCUUGUCCCGUGUCCCAGCAUCAUGGCUGUGUGAGUCAGCAUUUCAUUCCCCCACUCCGAAAGCAGACGGAGUUCUGCCUUCCACACAAGCCUCAGCAAAUCAGCAAGCGUGCUCAGAGACAUCGCCGAUGCUGUUGCCAUAGGAUUGUGUAGGGCGCAGAACCGCUGUGCUGAGAGACGGAGAGAGAAAGAGAGAGAGGGGGAGAGGGUAGAGAGAAAGAAGCCUGAGAGAAAGAAACAGUAAGUGUGGGGAGUAAGCAACCAAAGGAAGUCUGAUGUAAACUAAUCCUGCUAUCACUUUUUCAGGGUUUUUAUGCCUUUCUUCUGAGUCCGAGACUCCGUGGGUUGUUGACUCUCACUUUGCAGAUGGAGCUUAAUGGCUAGGUAUUUCUGGAGAUGCAGCAUGAUGUAAAAUACAGGAAGUACAGCCUUCGCUAUCUGCUCUCUUGUUACUGACUCCUGACUGCUCUUUUGAAAAAUGGCUACUUCUGAUAACCUGUCUGGAGAAACCAUGAUUGUCCAACACAUCCCUCUGGUUCAUGGUCAGUCUGUAGGUUGUCACAUUCAUACUCCAGAACUGAGACCGAGACGACCCUGCACUUUGAGUCUGACUCAUACUAUCUCACUUCCUGAAAGAGAAAACCUCCCAAAUGAAGCACUGAACGAUGACAUCCAGGGUCGCACUAGCAUGUCCAAAGCCAACAAAAGGGCAGGAAUCUCAGAUCCAGGUUCUGGAAACAUAAGAGGAUACAACCCUACAACUUUGUAUAGUCGUAACCUGUUUGUUUUUGAAUUAGAAGUUAAUGAGGCUGAGAAGAAUUGGGAUGCAUAUACAAACAUCCUGCAUAAUGACUGGAAAGAGCAUCCAUUUUGCCAGUAUGAAAAUUCAAAUGGGACCAAGGAAAACACCCUGAGGUAUCCCACUGCAUGCAAUUAUAAUCUAAAAAAUUUGGAGGGUUUUGUGAGAGACAGAAAUGACGAACAAAUACUUCAAGACUCGGGGCUGCAACUUCACAGGAACAAUGAAGACACCCCAAUUUUGAUGGACUGUGAGGAACAAGACUGGGCUGAUGAAAACAAUUGUGAUGGAUAUGUCCCUUACAUAAAAAAUGCCUUCUCAGAUAGUGAGUCACUGAAUCCAAACCAGACCAAUUAUAUCAGUGAUUCUUCUUGCAACAGCUCUGAUGGGGUGUUAGUAAAUUUCAGUGCCAUUUAUAAUAAGACUAAUAAUGCAGUCCCUGCUACACCAUAUGACCUGGACAGUCCUGCAAGGCAGUCCCGAGUAUUGGAGUCCGAUCAUCAGGAUGAUGAAUUCAAGCUGAUUCAGUGCUGGUCUCCUUGUAAAGUUGAUCCAAAUUGUAACAUCUACCAGACUGACUGUAACGGUUUGUCAUCUCAGGAAACAUCUGAUCUGACUCCAUGUCAAGGCCAGCCGACCACGUACACCAACAAUUAUUACAAGCUGGUGACCUGCGACCUCUCGUCUCAGUCUGCUGCUAGUCCGGCAUGGUCCUCUUUGACAAGUUGCUCAGAAGCUCACAGCCAUGGUAGCUUGACGAUACCCACAGAAUACUUUCUCUUCACAAAACCAGAGACAGAAGAUGGGGAGGCAGUUGAAGUCAACCAAACGGAUGUCCAGGCUGAUGAGUACACAGACGGGAAUACGAGCAAAAGUACGAGGAGGAUUUUGAAGGGAAGAAACAACAGAAAGACUCACUGCAAGACGCAGAAUGACAAACACAAAGAUCAAGAAGCCAGUAUUUGUGAACACACUAGCGCUACACAAAUACCUCAGAGCUGGAAUAAGCAACCAUGUCAUUCUUUACCAAACGAGGAAAAUCUGCGCCGGGUGCUGAGCUGCCCAAGCCAGAUAAGUGUAUCCUCAUCUGCACAUGUUUUGAGGCAGCAUAAAACCUCAUUUGCAGAACUUGCGCGGUUCAAAAAGAGUUUAAGAAGUCCUUCAGUGGUGAAAAACAGCAAGGAAGAUCCUCCUUGCUCCAUUUUCUCCCAGAACAUUUCACCUGUUCAAAGGAAAGCUCCUUCGGGACAAAAUGAAACCUUAAUUACAAGCACAGCUGAGAGGGAAUCUGAAAUAACUGGGGGCUCUGAAACUGCUGGAAACAUUCCAUCAUUGGGAGUUCCUGAAUCAUGCCUAGAAGUUGCGCAGUACAAUAAGCCACAGAGACCUACCUCUUUACCCAUCCAGCCCUUUGUACUUCAACCACAAUCAGGAAAGCAAACUAGCAACGUCCUGGGCUCCCUGAUAGACCAUUACAUGAGCAACAAACAUGGUUCAUCCAAAAGCUCUGACCUGCCCAGCCAUUUAGCAAGCUCACCUUUGGACAACUAUUCUUUCGUUCAUCUGGAAGCAGCCUCAUGCACGGAUACCUGCUCGACUUGUACCCCAACCCCGGCUGAACCUUACAUUUGCCCUCGUUGGGCUCCACCCAUCUCAUUGUCCUUCCAGUCUGACCCAGACCAUAAAUACAGAAUAAGAGCUACUGAAGAACCCAGUCUACCUGAUAAGAGCCCAGAAGCAAAUCAUACCUGCUUAGAUCAAACCUAUCCGAGCCUUAAUCCAAGUGAGACUGGCCAAGAAAAGAACCUUCUCCAAACCUUUUCCAAUAAACAUGUACAGAGCUUCCAUGCUGAGCAAUUUGGUUCUCAUCGGACAUCUCAAAAGUCUAUAGCACCAGAAACAAGACCACAAGAUGAGCUUGUUUAUCCUUAUUAUAGUUCAUCUCCAGCUAUUACCUCAGUGACUUCCCUGACCUCGGUCACAUCCUUUAUUAUUCCUGGUGCUGGGCAAAGCAGCUCAGAUGCUGUUCUUCAAGCCCACACGACUCGGGAUCUCAACACUACUGCCUUUGUCUUUGGACCAAAAAAGCCAUACUGCUUCCUGGAGAAAGAACAGCAUCAGCAUGGUGACUCAUCCUCUCUAGCUGAUAGACCACCUGAAGAGUUCUGCUCAUCACCAGAUCCCUCCACUAAAUUUCUUCCUAUUGAUCUGCUGCAGAGGAAAGACCUGCUGAAAUCUCUGAGCGUAGCAGUGGAAUUGAUCACAGCACACUUUAGCUCCUGCACAGACCCUAACGACAAGUUUAGACUGGGAAACAGCUCGCUGUGCCCCCGAAUCAGUCAACUGGUCCUAGAUCAGCUUUGCCCUGCUUUCCGGAACAUUCUCGAGGAUGGACUGAGACCCUUUAAGCUGGAUUUGAUUGUCGGACAACGUAGUAAUAAGCCGUGGACCGUGGUGGAGGCAUCCACGCAGCCAGGCCCAUCCACACGCAUGCUGCACAGCCUGGUCUCAGUUGUAAAGAAGUGCUCAAUGUUGACCAACCACAGUUUGAGGCUUAAUGCCUUCUUUUUAGGUCUUCUGAACUUGUCUGCUUUGGAGUCAUGGUUCUGGCACUUGUACACCUGUGUAGAUGUGAUUGCAGAGUACUACCACCCCUGGUCUUUCCUGGCCUUGUCCCAGGAUCCGGUGUGUAAAUCUGUCUUUCAGGAGCUCCUCCUCCUGAUCCAGCCACUCUCUGAGUUGCCCUUUGACCUCCAUUUGCUCUCUGAGCCAAGGCUCCAAAGGCGACAGGAGCAAAAUCAGCCAUCCAUCCAACAGUCAAGCUUUCUUGAUGUGUCUGGCUGCUCAUUUCUAAAGAUGCCUAACAGGCAAAACAGUGAUGGACACCCGGAAAGAUCUAAAUUGGAGGAGAAAAGAGAACCACGUGUUCCAUACCAGAUGGAAAUCCAUAACUGUGCUGUUACAGUUUCUAUACCGUCCACUCGAGAAGCUGAGCAGAAAUCAUCUGUUUGUUCAAAAAAGAAGCAUCCUGGAUGGUGGCUGAGCCAUACACCCUUCACUGAACGUGUGAUAGAAGAAGAUUUCUUUGUUCCUCUUGGACAGCAUGAUGAGACAUCGGUGGAAAAUGAUGUCAGAAGAAAAGAAGAGUUCUCACUGAUGACGGAUCAGGUAAAACCAUCAAAGGAGCUACGCUGGGCCCGAUUAUUUGGUUCUGGAAUCGGCGGUCCCGUGGCAGUAGAGAAGGCAGAACGAAGCAUCAAGCAAACCCAGAGAAUAAGAUCACCUUCACAUUGGCUCCAGCUUGGAGCAUUGAAGAUGGACCAGCUGGCACAAUCCUUGUGGAGCACGAGCAGAACCUCAUUCCCAAUGACACAAAUUCAACCCAGUGAUGAUUCUCAUUAAAUCUACACGGACAUGAAGAAGUGUGAAAAGAAGCACAAACUCCUAGAAGCACAAUUAACCUAAAGUGGUAUUUUACUGAUCUUUGGUUUUCCACAAAAAAAAAAAAAAAAAAAAAAAUGCAGAAUCUGCCAUCAGUAUUGAAACAUAUUCUAUAUAGCCAUGUAUUUAUGCAUCAUUCUCUGCCAGUUAAUACUCAAUAUUUCCACAACUUUGGACAAAUCUUAUGGAAAUAUUCCAAAGCAGAUUUGUUUUUAAACCUAUUUAAGUGGGUAGUAAAGGUCACUGCACCGCUAGUGCAUAUUUAACAUAUAAAAACAAUUACCACUUUUAAACAUCAUCAUUAUUUAUAGAUUUAAACAAUGUAGAGUUCAUGAACUUACAAAAAUAUAUUAUAGAUUAGAGAUUAAAGGUAAAUAUUAAAGGGGUGGAAAAUUCCAGAGUAAUUUGUAUGUUGUUAUUAUAAGUAGUGUUCAGAAAUUAAAAUAAUUUUUGGAAUUUUUUAAAACAUUUUUGAAAGUGAAGAUUUCUUUUACUGCUUUUACAGUAUGUAUUUGUUUUUAUUAUUAUUUCAACUUCAGUGAACUUGAUUUGUACAGUUCACACCUUCACAUGCGAUGGGAGUUGCCUGUUGUUGUUUUUUUUUGUUUUGUUUUGUUUUUUACGUUUUGUAAAUUAUGUAAAUCUUAAUCUCCUCAGAGUAAAUUUGAAAUAUCUUUAACACCUUUAAUCUUUUCCAUCCGUAUGAGAUGUUCAAGCAAGUUAACAUUAAAUUGACACUUUUGGCCUCUUACCUAGCUAAAUUUGUUCAUUAUUUUGUUAAAUGAUUUAGCUAGUUAAGUUUCAUAUAUUUUGUUAGAUUAGCUAUUUUGUAAAUUGUUUUGUUUACUUGUUUACAAUGUUUUAUAAAUUAGCUAAUUGUUUAGCUUUUUUUGUUGUUGUUGUUGUUGUUGAUGUCGUCAUCCCAAAAACUGGUUAUUAAACAUUAGCUAACUGAUCAUCUAAAUUCCAGGUUUGUUUGAGUUAGCAUAAUAUUUAUUAAUGAAUUAGAUAGUCAUAUAGGAGUAGGGGAGACCAGGGUCAGUUGUAACAGGGGACGGUUGUAACACCUUGAAUUCCUCCAAACAGAAACAACCUAUAGUGAUGACACUCACUGUGCACAUGCUCAGUUAGUUUCCCUCCAUUUUUGCCAUAAAGAGAGCCACUUUUGAAUCUUCCUGACGGAGUUAUCUACAAAAGAUUGUUUUUGAGGUAAAAAAAAUAAUUACUUUUCUUUCCUGUACCUUUCCUUAUUUUUCCUGCAAUCACUUUUCUGUACUUUUUUGGAUGCUGUUAUAGGAUCAAAUGUCUAUGAAUUCAAACAAGUAUUAUUUGAAUCACUAUUUUGUAAGCUAAAAAUAUAAAUGGCUAACAAGUGUCAAACUAGCAGCCAAGCUAGCUCACAUGAGAUGACAUGCGUUACAACCGUCCCUGUACACUGGGAUGGUUGUAACAGUGGAGAGACUGUAUUAAAAUCAAUUUUGCAACCUGUACAUAUUUCAUAAAACCACUUAAAUACAUUGUUUCAGCAGUUGACAGAUUGAAGUUUAUAAUAUAACAAAUUGGUUAUUGCAGUAAAAAUGGUUUUUGAUGUAUUGCUAAAAACUG